CUCUUGAGCUCCUUCACAAAAGUCGCGUAACGAUCUAUAUUUGUUAGCAUGAUUAGCGUUUGUAGUCGUUUCAGUCCGAAUAUUUCAACAUUUAACUAAUUUAAAGCUUUUAACAAUUGUUUUUAUACAUACAGCUAUGCAAGUUGAGACCAACUGAGGCAAUUGCGAAGUUGAUUUUUGACUGAGGAGGCAGAAUUUCUCAGUUAAAGUGUUAGUUAAGUAACGUGAGGUUAUCUAGAGUAACGGUGAUUAGGUGCCUGUAUGUAAGUAGAUGAGUAGCGGCUCGUCUAAGAGUCUAGGUUCAAUCAUGUCAAUCAAGGCUUAGUGGCUAAAGCACCAGCACCAAUCGCAGCCCAGUGAUAGUCACAUCUGCCAUCUCAGGUUAAACACAGUCAGGGAUCAAGGACCAUGACAACCCAACACCGGACCUACGAUAGGCAUGGCGGCUGUACUCCCAACCCGGAGGACUUUCCAUCAGCUCCACAGGAGGUGGUCAGUCCUCCCAGCCUCGAGAAUUUGUCCUGCGCUUCUCCGAACCUGGGACAAAUCAAAGAGCCAGAGCCCAUCUCUUAUGCCACCGUCCAGGAACAGCGGUGCGUCCUGAGCUGGUUUCAGGGCUGGUCGACCACCCAAAGGGAGCGAUUCUUGCAGAACCUGCUGGAGAAGGCUGUGCCAGGGAAAGUGUGCACCCUACUAGAUUCACUCCGCACUCUACAGGUUAAAGAUCAUCUGCCAAAUAUCUUCGAAUGCCAGCUGCGCCUGUGGAACCAAUGGUUUCAGUCUUGGGGAGAAGAGGAGAGGAAUAGUUUCCUGAACAUGCUGGAGGAACGGGAUCCGGAGCUUGUCGCCCAUUUUUACCGCAGCGUAGCCAACACUGCAGGAAGAGACUGAGCUUGAGUUAUGAUACAAAAGCAAGUGAUUCAAACAAACUGAGGAGGAGAUGUUAAUUUGAAAUGUUUAUUGUAGUUGUUAUAAGAUAAAGAUACGUUUGAUGUAAGAUUUGAAAUGUGCAUUAAAUAAAAACAGUUGGGGAAAAACAGCAACAA